UCGCGAUGGUCGCCCGCGCGGUCGUGUUGUGCGCAUGCGUGCUGCUGCCAGCGCUCGCCCUGCCCGUGCAGAGGUCGUCCACGUAUGUCUACAAGAUCUGCGUGCCGGAGGAGCGGCUGGAGGCGUGCAACAGUAUGGCGUCCCUGGGCGCGCUGCGGUUCUCCUGCGUGUCCGCCAGGGACAGGCUCGACUGUCUGUACAAGAUCAGAGCUCGCAAGGCUGACGUCUCUCCCGUGGACCCCGAGGACAUGUACAUCGCCUCCAAGCUGAAGAACCAAGACUUCAGCAUCAUCAAAGAGAUAAGGACCAAGGAAGAACCAACAGAGGAGUUCCGCUACGAGGCGGUGGUGGUGGUCCACAAGAACCUGGACAUCACCGGCGUGGAGGGACUUCGCGGCCUCAAGUCCUGCCACACUGGCGUCGGCAGGAACGUCGGCUACAAGGUCCCCAUCUCCAAGCUGACGAAGAUGGGCCUGUUGAAUCCUCGGAGUGACCCAGACCUAACAGCACGAGAGAACGAGCUGAAAGCCUUGUCUUCCUUCUUCAGUCAGUCGUGUCUGGUCGGCAAGUGGUCUAGCGACCCGGCACACAACACCAGGCUCAAGGCGACCUACUCGAACCUGUGCGCGCUGUGCGAGGACCCGCGCAAGUGCGACUACCCCGACAAGUACUCGGGCUACGACGGCGCGCUGCGCUGCCUGGCGGAGCACGGGGGCGACGUGGCCUUCACCAAGGUCUACUACGUCAAGAAGCACUUCGGGCUUCCAAUAGGAGGCGUGCCUCCCGCUACUCCCGUGAUCGAUGCACACCCCGAGGACUACGCCUACCUGUGUCAGGACGGCAGCAAGAGGCCGGUCACCGGCCCGGCUUGUCGCUGGGCAGCCCGGCCGUGGCAGGGCUUCAUCACCAACGGAGACAUCGUCAGCUCGGCGGCCGACCUGAGGAACCAGAUCUCGCUGGCCAACACGGAGGGAGCCGCCACCGCGGCCGAGUGGCUGCCCCAGGUGCUGACCAUCGACAGCAAGACCGUGGCCGUGGACAACUCGGAGCCCAUCUCCCCUCAGGCCUACCUGGACAAGGCCAACUACACGGACGUGAUCGAGCGCGAGUCGGGCGUGACGCAGCUGCCGGUGCGCUUCUGCGUGACGUCAGACGCGGAGCUGCGCAAGUGCCGCGCGCUGCGCGUGUCCGCGCUGUCCCGCGACGUGCGGCCCACCUUCGACUGCGAGCUGGAGGCCGGCCUGGAGCGCUGCCUGCAGGUCAUCCGCGACGGCGGCGCCGACAUCGUGUCCGUCAGCGCGCUGCACAUGCCGCGCGCCGUCGCAGAGUACAACCUGCGGCCCGUGCUGGCCGAGGUGUACGGCCCCGACAGAGGCACCUUCUCGGUCGCCAUCGUGAGGAAGUCGUCGCCCUACCAGUCGCUCGCCGACCUGCGCGGCGCCAGGUCCUGCCACACCGGCUACGGCAGGAUAUCCGGCUGGGUGGCGCCCCUGUACACGCUGCUGGCCAAGGACCUGAUCCACAGGGACAGCUGUCCCUACACGAAGGGCUUGUCGGAGUUCUUCUCCGGGGGCAGCUGCGUGCCGGGGGUGCUGGCUGCCGAGAACAACCCCAGCGGCAACAACCCUGCUCGGCUGUGCAGUCUGUGCGCCGGCAACCUGGACGGAGGAGAGUCGCCCAACAGCGUCUGUCCCGCCAGCAGCCAGGAGGCAUUCUUCAGCUACACGGGAGCCUUCCGCUGCCUGGCCACCGGCCGAGGGGACGUGGCCUUCGCCAAGCACGUCACCGUGCAGAUCAACACAGACGGCCACAACCAGGCCGAGUGGGCCAGACACCUGCGCUCCGAGGACUUCGAGCUGCUGUGUCCUGACGGCGGGCGGAGACCCGUCACGGACUACGAGUCCUGCCACCUGGUCGAGGUGCCCCCGCACAUGGUGGUGACCAGCAGCGCCAAGUCGGAGACCUCCGUGGAGACCAUCCGGCACGCCGUGCUCACGGCGGCCAACCUGUACGCCAAGAGGCCGGACCUCUUCAAGCUGUUCGGCGACUACAUGGGCAUCGGCGACUUGCUCUUCCUGAAUGCAGCAACAAAUUUGGUUCCUGUGUCAGAAAUAAGUGCGGCUCAACUACAUUUUAACGAAAUAUUAAACACGAUCAAAGGUUGUGAUUCCUCUGUCUCUUACUAGCCCAUUUUUAGGUAUAGUAAAUAUUUUAUACAUUGUACGAUAUCAAAAUUCGAGGCAUAUACAAAGUAUCAAGAAGUGUACGAGACAAAAUGUACACUAUUGUCUAAUUAUAACAGGAACCAUUAAAACAAAAUGUUAUUUGCAAACAUUAUUACAUACAUUCGGAAAUUUAUUUCAAAAGAUUUGGUAAUUGGUUGGUGUUCUAUGGACUUCAUUCAAGACUUACCUUGAAAUACAGAGUGAUCGAAAAGUCGCGCACAUCAAAUCCAAACGAUGUGUUUAAUCAAGCUGGCUAUAACUCACAUACAUACAGGACCAAUGCAUUCAUAAAACAGAUAAGAAUGAUAACACAGGACAAACAUAUCCUUGCAACUUAUGCUCGAAAUGGCUGCCCCUUUGAGUUAUGCAUAAGCGAGCACGUGUGGUCACUUUGUGGAGUACACGUGCACCGAGGUUGUUAAUCUCUGUCGAAACUCGUCUGCAACUCGUGCACACGAACGAGCGACGAAACAAUGAGUACGGUCUGCUCUGUGGAAACUCUCUGUCUGCCGGACAUGAAACAAAGGUACGUGCGGACAUGGUUUGACCAAUGUGCGAUGGAUGCCACGUCUGUUCGUUGUUUAUACGCUUACAGUAUUAUGUAGGAGUGCACGCUACACUAACACAACUUACGAUACCACAUUUUACAACCUUCACUUUCAUGUGCGUGGCUUUCAGAUCUCUCUGCAUUAAACAGUACAAACAGUUUACUUAAACUUUCAUUUUUAAGAAAUUUUCAAUUGCUUAGUGACCAAAUAUUUGUACUUCCUAAUAAAAUGUGCUUAGAAACGAAAAUGUUAACUUUGGUUUAUAUUUGGUUACCGUUUAAUUAAACUAGAAACUGGUAUGUGUUUAUUACUAGUUACUAAAAUGUAUGCCACAUAUUUAGUAAAUUAAUUUCGAAAACAUUUCAUGUAAUUCCAUAGAUCAGUGAAAAUUGUCUUGUUUUCACCAUAAAAUAUAUAUUUUAGAAAUUUCUAUUAAUAAUUUUUGUCACAUUAUUGUGCACUUGUCACAUUUUGCGGGGGUUGGAAAAACUCAUUUGUAUGUUGUUUUUUUUUUUAACUGUGUUACUAUUUGGAUUGCAAAAAUUAAUAUAUGUUUCUUGUUUUUCUUUUUUUUCUAGUACAAAAAUGAUAAUGUAUUAAAAAUGAUUUCUAGAACAAAAUAAAAAUUUUAAAUAAGUA